AUGAGAGUGAAUUCUAAGAAGAAACUCCUCCUGCUGGUCUUGUCUGUCCUGUCGUUCCUGUGGGUGGGGCGCUAUCUCAGGAAUCAAGAAGACCUUCGGCUCUCAGACUGGUUUGAUCCCAGAAAACGGCCCGAUGUGGUGACGACCACGGACUGGCUGGCCCCUAUCCUCUGGGAAGGCACCUUUGACAGGCAGGUCCUGCAGAGACACUACCAGAGGCAGAACCUCACCGUGGGCCUGGCCGUCUUUGCCUCCGGCAGGGCCAUCGACCAGUACCUGGAGCUCUUCCUACGGUCGGCCAACAAGCACUUCAUGACUGGGUACCCGGUGGUCAUCUAUGUCCUGGUGGACCGCUGGUUCCAGCUGCCCUACCUGCAGCCCAUCCCCCUCCGCACGUUCCGGGUGUUGAACUUCAGGCCCGACCGCUUGUGGCCGGACCUGAACCUCCUGCGCAUGAAGACCUUGGGCGACUACAUCGUGAGCCACAUCAAGGCAGAGGUGGACUUCCUCUUCAGCAUGAGCGUGGACCAGGUCUUCCAGAGCGACAUGGGGGUGGAGGCCCUGGGCACGGUCGUGGCCCAGCUCCACCCCUGGUGGUACUUCCAGCACAAGAAGAACUUCCCCUACGAGAGGAGGCCCAGCUCCGCCGCCUGCAUCCCCAUGGGGGAGGGGGAUUUCUUUUACGACGGGGCGCUUGUGGGGGGCACGCCCCUGCAGGUCCUGGACCUGGUGCAGUCCUAUCUGGGGGGCAUGCUCCACGACAUCAAGCAGGGGCUGAACACCACCUACGAAAGCCACCUGAACAAAUACUUAUUCCUGCACAAGCCCACCAGGCUGCUGUCGCCCGAAUACAACUGGGACGCCGCGUUCCACCCGCCCAUGCAGAUUCAGUACGUGAAGGUGCUGCAGCUCGCCAAGAGGGGCCUGUGA